AUGCCGGCCGGGCUCUCCUGGCCCGAGGCGGCGGCGCUGGGGCUGCUGGCCCCGGCUCUGCUGGUCACCCUGUGCCGGCACCUGUGGGCGCUGCGCUGGAGCCUCAGCCGGGACCGCGCCAGCGCCCUGCCCCUGCCCAAGGGCUCCAUGGGCUGGCCCUUCUUCGGGGAGACUCUGCACUGGCUGCUCCAGGGCUCCCGCUUCCACAGCUCUCGGCGUGAGAGGUACGGAAACGUCUUCAAGACCCACCUCCUGGGCCGGCCGGUGGUGCGGGUGACAGGCGCUGAGAACAUCCGCAAGAUCCUGCUGGGUGAGCACACGCUGGUCAGCACGCAGUGGCCCCAGAGCACCCACAUCAUCCUGGGCUCCCAUACUCUGCUCAGCUCCACCGGUGACCUGCACCGCCAGCGCCGCAAGAUCCUGGCCAGAGUCUUCAGCCGUGCCGCCCUGGAGAGCUACCUGCCACGGAUCCAGAAGGUUGUGAGCUGGGAGCUGCGGGGCUGGUGCAUGGAGCCAGGCUCUAUCGCAGUUUAUUCCUCCGCUAAAACCUUAACUUUCCGCAUUGCAGCUCGGAUUCUGCUGGGGCUCCGCCUGGAGGAAAAGCAGUUCAAGGAUCUGGCCAAAACUUUUGAACAGCUGGUGGAGAACCUCUUCUCCCUGCCCCUCAACAUACCCUUCAGUGGGCUGCGCAAGGGAAUCAAAGCACGGGACAUGCUACAUAAGUUUAUGGAGAAGGCUAUACAGGAAAAACUGCAGAGAAACAACCCCGAAGACCACAGUGAUGCUCUGGAUUUCAUAAUGAACAGUGCCAAGGAGCAUGGCAAAGAAUUCAGCAUGCAAGAGCUAAAGGAAUCAGCAAUUGAGCUCAUAUUUGCUGCUUUUUUCACCACGGCUAGUGCUAGCACCUCUCUGAUCCUCCUGCUAUUGAAGCAUCCUUCAGUGAUUGAAAAAAUAAGGCAGGAGCUGAUGUCCCAUGAGUUGUACCAGCAGAGUCAGUGCUGCCCUGCAGGACCCUGCCUGGACACCCUGACCAUCCAGAGCAGGGACAGAGAGAAACCACUUUCCCACUCCAUGGCCAAAGACAUUCACAAGGACCAGAGCCAGCCACCGGCCCCAGUGGAGGAAGAUUCCCUCCAGCCCAGUGCCCUGCUGGAGCCCACUGUCCCCCGGGGCAACCCCUGCACUGGCCCCCAGCUUCUGGCAUCAGCAGGGCAGAGCUGUCACUGCACCUCAGACAUCAGCCUGGAGAAGCUGAGCCGCCUGCGCUAUCUGGACUGUGUGAUCAAGGAGGUGCUGCGGGUGCUGCCCCCAGUCUCCGGAGGCUACAGGACGGCACUGCAGACUUUUGAGCUCGAUGGCUACCAGAUCCCCAAAGGCUGGAGCGUCAUGUACAGCAUCCGUGACACACACGAGACAGCUGCUGUGUACCAGAGUCCCCCCAGCAGCUUUGACCCAGAGCGCUUCGGUGCCGGCCGGCCGGAGGCUGCAGGGCGCUUCCACUACAUCCCCUUUGGGGGAGGGGCACGGAGCUGCAUCGGGAAGGAGCUGGCACAGGCCAUCCUCAAGCUGCUGGCCAUUGAGCUGGUCAGCACAGCCCGCUGGGAGCUGGCCACCCCUGGCUACCCCUCCAUGCAGACUGUGCCCAUUGUGCACCCUGUCGAUGAUGGGCUGCAGCUCUACUUCCACCCCUUGCACCCCAGCCAGGGCCACGAGGCUUGAGCCAGGGGUACACUGCUCCCCUCAGCCCUGGGAGCUCGUCCACAGCUGCUGGGAGUAGGUUUCUGCUGCCCCAGGCUGGCUGUGCUACUGGGUCACUGCUGAACAAAACCUUAAAGGUCUUUCUAUUUUUCUUCCCCUGGGGUACAGGCUGGUAGGGUGUGCAGGGUACUGCAGCAGGGUGUCCUACAGAGUCCCACUCCUGAGCACUGGGGCAAAACCUGCUGAAGCUGCUGGCAGGGUGCAUAUGCCAUGGGGGCUCAGUCAGCCCCUGCCCCAUACAGGUCCCCAGCUACCAGGGAUGGGGAGCAAAACUUCCAGACCCACAGCUAGGACUCCCAGGGUUAUCUCCUGUAGGCGUGUUAUAGGAGAGGCAGGACAAGCAUCCUGCACACUGUAGCUUUUUAGCUGAGAAAAGAGGGAAGGUGGGGGGAUCUGCAGGAAGACACAAGCCAGAGUUGCCCAAUCCAUGGCAUCAACUCUAGCUAGAAUAAUAGGGUGUAAAGUGGUUUUUAUUGUAAAUAUUUAAUCUCAUUCAUGCACUUCCCAUUAGAGCUGGCACAGAGGAUAUCUCUCAUUCACCUACUAGUAGUAGCUGUGUAUGUUGUGCUUUAGCACUGUGCUGCUGCUUAGGAUCUGCCAUGAAGCUCCUUGAGGUCACCCCAGGAUAUUCUCCCCAGCCACAACCUGGGUGGCAGGGUGCUGAGGGCACCCUUUGAGAUGGCUUUUGAGUACCCCCACCGGGUAUUUUUCUCCCAUGUAAAAUAAAUUAAAUGAGUCCUGUUCCUUGUGUACAGAGAACAGAGCUGGACACAGGUCCUUGAUCCAUGUGUUUAUACAUUUCUUCAGCUUCACUUCUAAUCCCCACUGUCAUGCAUUCUGUGAGAAUGCAAUGGGAAAAUAAAACUCCUUGUCCCACCAGAGCAUCCCAUGCCUGGUGGUGUCGUGUGCUCUGUGUGGAGAACCAGCUGGACCCGUGAGGGCCAAAACAUGGCAUGAAGACAGCGUCCCUUUGGAAAAGCUUUGGGGAGCUCUCCAGUUUCCUGAAACUAUCAUCAUCCUGCUUCAGUGCUGGAGCUGGCCUUGCCCUGGCCAAUCCCCCUUCCCUCUCCGUGCUCGGCACUGCAGCAGGGCUGUGCAGCCACCACCACGCUACCACGGGCAGAAACCUGGCUCCCAAAUGUGACAGGUCAAAUCUGGAAGAGGUUGAACUACAGGGCUGAGUUAAGUGCUAUUGGCAAGUCGACCCUGUAAUGAACCAGAGCCUCUAGCCCUCCUGACCUUGUCCUGAAAGGUGAGUCUUUUUGCCUAUCAGAGGUGAAAUCAGUAGAUGGUGGCUGCAAGUGCCAAUGGCUAACUUUAAUUAGCAGGAGCUACUGGCUGGCUGAGACUGCGGGCAGGGCUGGGCCUGCAGCAUCCCAGUGCCUGGUGCAGGAAGGUCAGGGCUCCUCCAACAGUGCACUUAAAAAUUACCCUGAGCACCAACAAGCCCACUGAAAAAUAUAACAUGAAUCUAGUUUUAAAAAAAUAGAAAGAAAAAAGAAACUGAUAAACUCAUUUUGUUUGCAGAUAAACACAAGUAUUUACAAAUGAAGUGUAAUAAUUGUUACUUGUAAUCAAAGUUUGUUCAUAUUAGGCUGUUAAUUUCUUGACCCCCUUCCAAGAUGUUUUUAAUUAUCCCUUUCACUCUUUACCAUUUGAUUCUUUUCAAGCUGAUGGCUGGGGAAUACACAGCUGGGGAGAUAAUAAAGCCUUCC